CUGUCAGUUGCCUUUGCGCGCUACCGUCGUCAGGCACCGCCGCGGCCUCUUCGCGCGGGACACUUCAAACAGAAAAUCUUGUUAAUGCAAAUCACCAGCUAAGAAAAUUCCUACGGAUUGUUCUGUCGGUGUUUGCAGACGUUUGACGAGUGAUCACGUUUACUGUGGAUUGUAUUGUGGGGGGUUUUGUGUUUGGAUGUGUGUGCAGUGACAGAACGCCGCAGUUUUGGAGGCUAACAAAUUUUCAACACUAGCAAAAAGAACUCGAUUUAUCCUUAACGCUUUGAAUAUAAGGAGCAGAGAGAUAUAGAUAUAAAGAAGAAACGUCUUAAAAUGUACUUUGAAGGCGUGGAACGGAUUUAAGUUAUUAAGAUCUACCAAAUGGAGGAUGUGUCGGGUUGUGUAAACAACGGUCCAAGAAGGAUUUGAAUCGCAGAAGAGUGAUAGACUACAUAUCUUAGUCAAAGCGCAUAUCGUAAUAAAUAUUUUAUGUUGUGUCCGUUUUUUUUGUUAGAUAUGUACACUUUUGUAGAUUCCGCAGCCGGUGCUUAAAAUGGAAAGUCUAGCGAAAUCUCUUGAACAGAUUAAUAAUAAUAAGACGCUGUUAUUAUUGGUUUAAUGUAGGUUUCAAUUCUUUAGAAGAUGGGGUCAAUAGGAGAUAUAGGUGACAAUUUUAAAUACUCCUCGAAUAUAGUCUCGACAGCGAUAUCUCCCCAAAAUUACAACGGGACCACGAAUAUCUCGAUGGCGGUAAAUAUGACGUUGACGGAGGAGGAGCAAGAGUGGACUGACGUGCUGCUGCUGGUGUUCAAGGCUAGCGUCAUGGGGAUGAUUAUCAUCGGUGCGAUAUUCGGUAACCUGCUGGUCAUCGUCAGUGUCAUGAGGCAUAGGAAACUGAGGGUGAUAACCAACUACUUCGUGGUGUCACUUGCUUUCGCGGAUAUCCUGGUGGCCAUAGCCGUGAUGACGUUUAACGCUAGUCUACAACUAACGGGGCGCUGGAUGUUCAGUCAGUUCAUGUGUGACGUGUGGAACUCCUUGGACGUCUACUUCUCCACUGCUUCCAUCCUCCAUCUCUGCUGCAUCAGUGUGGACCGGUAUUACGCCAUAGUCAAGCCCCUCAAGUACCCCAUCAACAUGACUAAGAGGGUGGUCGCCAUCAUGCUCAUCAAUACGUGGUUCGCUCCCGCUGUCAUCUCCUUCCCCCCUAUCUUCUGCGGCUGGUACACCACCAAGGACCACAAGAUACUGCCUAACGAGUGUGACUUUGAGGUAAACCCGUGGUACGCACUUUUUUCGUCUUCCGUUUCUUUCUGGAUCCCAUGCACGAUAAUGAUCUUCACAUACCUUGCCAUCUUCAAGGAGGCGAACCGCCAAGAGAAACAGAUUCACUCACGGCUGGGAAACCCUGCGCUGCUUAGCCACGGCAGGGACUGCAACGGAGAGGCUCUUAGUUCAAGUGGUGGCUCCAGCAAAACAUUGACCCUACACGAGGUUGGCCCCGCGCAUGCGCAGUCCACACCGACCAAAGACCGCAACAUCAUCAAGAUGAAGCGAGAACACAAAGCUGCUCGAACCCUAGGAAUCAUCAUGGGGACAUUUAUACUCUGCUGGUUACCUUUCUUCUCCUGGUACGUCACCAGUGUGGUAUUUGGCGUGCAGUAUCCCGACGUAGUGAUGAUCACGGUCUUCUGGGUCGGAUACUUCAAUUCCACUCUGAAUCCUCUCAUCUACGCCUACUUCAACCGCGACUUCAGAGAGGCCUUCAAGAAUACUUUGCAGUGCGCUUUCUGCAGUCUGUGCCGGCGGCCACCCUCGGACCUGGACGCUCUCGACCUCCGUCGUCCCAGCCUCCGGUACGACGACAGGACCCGGUCUAUCUACUCGGAGACCUACCUAAAGCACAUCGACCGGCGGAGAUCCAGCGAACUCGGCUCUAGUCUGUGAUACGAACAGACCGUAUAGAGAGACUCUCAUUAGUUGAGUAAUGUAGUGGCUAGUAAUCGCUUCCCAGUUCUGCGUGGCAUUAUACGAUCACGUGGUUCUCAAGAAAAUAUACUGUUGACAAUUGUAAGUAUUGUUCAGUAUUAUAGCGUACGAGAAGGCGUUAUCGGACAUUCUUACUAGAGUAACAAAAUUAACAAAUAAUAUUACCAUUUUAUAAAUACUUUAGGCCCUGACGAUAAGUUCAAUUAUUUAAAACUAUUACUGUUAAAUUCUUAUUCAGAUAUUCUGUUUAUAAUAAUAAGAUACUACUUAAGAUACUACUUUAAACUAAUAAGACAGUAUUAUUAACUAUAAAGUCCACGUGCGAACUUGUUAGAAUAACUGUCUUCCAUCUGUUCGUUAUACUAGGCAAUAAAAAGUGUAACAAACAAAACUUUGUGUAACAUCAAGUUUUCUAAAUUACUUAGUUAUGUAUCAAAUUAACUUUUGUUUUAUUUUUGAAUACCAUUCUAACGUGAAAACAUAUAAUUGGGCCAAAUAUAGUUUAAUAUACUAAUGCUUGGCCGAAAUUUAGAGGGAAAAGCUGCUUACUUAAAAAUCUGUCGAUACAUUAUCUCUUUUUGUCCUUUUAAUCGUCGAUUAAUUACUUCGGUCCUGAAGCAAGUUCCCCUGUGAUGUCUAGUCAGUACUGGUAUUUUUAUUAACUUACACCGAUUUUGGGCGAUUUUUCUUAAUAGACGAACAAACCUAAGUAGUAAAAUUUAUUUGUAAAUAUUGUAAAACUUAUAGUUAUAUUUUCCCAAAAGAAAGCAAUAAGUAUUUUUUAUAGUUAAGAUCAUUAUCUUUAACUAUUUAUUGUACAUAGUUUUUCGCUCCUCAUGGUGAAUUACGCUGUUAAACUGAUGCAACUCACGGGUCUAUAGUUUUUAUAUACUAUAAAUAAUAUAUUGUAUAUAACUAAUGUAGGUUUGUGAUAUUUAAACUAUAUUUUAUACUCAUCUGCAUUUAAGUAACCGUUAUAAAAAGAUCAUGCAAAUUUAUGCAGUGCAGUCCAUAUUUUAUUGGUAUGAUCAGUGUUAUGUGAUGGCAUUUGCAAUGAAACGUGUGGCUCAUUCAGUGUAUAAAUAUCACUGAUACAACUCAGCAUUACAUUACGUAAAAUGUGUUUGUAAAGAUUGUGUUUAUUACAAUGUUGUCUUGCAUGAAAUUUUUAAUAUCAAAUUUAUUCGUUGUCACCGUGCGUAAUAGUUGUAUAAAUUAUAACUACAGUGUAAUAAAUAAAUUAUUAAAAUUGUUAAUAGGCACUGUAAGACCGGCUAAAGAAUCUAAGGUUCCAGUCUCUUUGGCGCAACUUGUAAUAAUCGAAAUGUUUCCUGAAAAUAUGUAAAUGUAUUGCUUAUUUAUUCAAAAAAACUCACACUCUGUUUGGUGCGACUUUUAACAAUCUUAAUGUUUCCUGAAAAUAUAUAAAUGUUAUGCUUGUUUAUUCCAAAACUUGCAACUUUGUUUUGAAGCAUAAUCAUUAAAAUGGUAACAACAGAACUGUUUUUCAAAUACAUUCUAUUCGACGCAAUUUAUAGUUUAACAAUAUAUAUAUAUUGGCUGAAAAUAUCAAAGUGACGCUUGUGUAUUUCAAAACAUCUACAUGGAUUGAAGUUACUCCUUAACACUCGAUGAGAAAAAUUCCCCAUUGAAAUAGGUAAUAUGUAGUACAAAUAGACUGAAUUAUAGUUGUUGGUCCAAUCAUAAACUUGUAACAAGAAUUAUUUUUUCAGUUGGUCGUCAAAUAACAUAUUCUUCUUAUAACACUAUUUUUACGACAAAAGCUGUUACCUGCAAUAUUAAUGUGACAAAGUUUUUUACAACCAAAUUAUAAAUAAUCAGUUACGAAAUAUCAAAAUUUUGUCAAAUUUAUGUUUCUACAAUAAAAAUUUUAAAUAUUCUUGAAUGAGUUAUUAUUCAAAAAUUUUAAUAUAAAAAUCGCGUCAAGACCCUAAAUGACACUUUUAUUUAGAUUUGCUUAUGAUUUUUCUACAUUUAUCUGUAUUCAUUAUGCAAGUAUUUCAUCCUGCUUAAACACUUAGUGACCUAUUUAUAUCCUUGAUUUGAUAUAAUUUAACCAUGACGCAAUAUGAUGUUUCAUUGUGUUAGUGCCACCACUACAGAAUCCUACUCAAUUCGAAUAGUGUAUAUAACCAAAGCUCUGUAACAUACUAAUAUCGAUCCGUAUGUGACGUGCAUGUCUGUAGUAGCUGUAAGAUUUAGUCAUAUAGCCGGUGUACUGUGAUUUACGGAAAUAUGGACGUUAUCCUCACACAAUUCGAUGUUGUUAUUCAAUGUCAGUGAUUGGUCUGUCUGAAACUAUGGUCCAACCUAGCAGUACCUCUUCGGUCGGUGUGUACAAUGGUUCCACUUCGUUCAAACCUUUUUAUUAAUCCUACUUUCUGGGAAUUUAAAAUAAAUAUAGUUUGUACAUGAACAAAUAAAUAAUAUCUUUAAUCCUGCAAUUACAGGAAGGGUACUAAUUAUUAUCGAUUCAGAUAUUGUUAACUUUGAUUAAUUAAUAGGAACAUACAAUAAAAACUAUUAAGGCCUUUGAAGUGUAAAACAUUAGCUUUAAAUACGGCUUGUUUGGGGUCUUUCAAAUAUUGGAAGAUAAUGUAUUUUAAAGUUUUAUUAUAAAAAUGCUAAGCAAUGAUUAGAAUAAAAUCGUUUACGUCACAUUUUGAGACCUUAUUUGUGUAUAACACAAUAUUUUCAGUUGUAUAAACACAUUUUGUCUUUUAUCUCAAGUUACAUACUCUGUUUUCCUCAGGCGAAAUAAUAAAACCACACUUUUAUUAUAUAAUUAUUUACUUCUUAUGUUUUGAGUCAUUUAAAUCUGAGUUAAAGUUUUACAAAAAUGUGUAUUAUUGUUCCUAUAGUAAAAUUCAUUUAGCUUGUUCUAAAACAUUACCAGUUACAUAGUCUUAUGUAUAUAUAUAUAUAUAUAUAUAUAUAUAUAUAUAUAUAUUAUACAUAAUAUUUCAUAGUAAUUUGAUAUUUGCACAUUGAUAGAUAAUAUUUAAAUUUUACAAAUUAUCAUAACCGACUUAAAAUACAAAAAACACAUUAAAUUGUUAAUUUAUCUGUGACAGAAAAUAAAAAGCCAAAAACUGCAAUAUAACCAUGAUUAGGUCAAAUGUUUUACACAAAAAUAGACAUUCAAUUUAAAUUAUUUGCAUGAAUCAUACACAAUUAAUAACAGUGCAAAUAAUUUACCAAAUUUUUACGAGAUCGUUUUUAUCGUAUUACCGUACGAUUAAUUUAAAUUUUAAAUGCUGUUCACGUAUCUUUUCAGUUAUCAUAAUCAUUAAAGUAUUACAGACAAUUAUAAACUUUUGUUAGGUAUUCCUAUUAAAUAUAGAACAGUGCUGCAAAAUAUUUAAUAAAUUUCAUGCAGCAAUAUAAAAGUUGGCAAUAAUUCAUUUCUUAUUUUUUCAGUACAUACAUGAAAUACAUUUAUUAUGUACAAAACGUAGUUCUUAAAACUCUAUUAAUCUUGCCUGUAAUCUUGAGUAUUUUGUAAUUGGGACACACCGACAUAAAAUACCAGCUCGACAAUCGCCCCUAAACACAAAUUAUAUUAGACCGAGCUCUAGCAGUUAUAUUCUAGCUACUAACGUAAGUUAAUGUUGAAAAUGGCAUCAAUAUUUUACAAAAAAAUGUAAUGAUGCCUAACUGACGGAUGUCAGUAUAUUUUAUUUUGUAUUUUGGGCAGUACUAUACUCUUAGUCAUUCUACAAAUAGAUAUAUAAUAAUAAAAUGUCUUUUUACCAAUGGUAUUAUGUUAAUAUACAUAUGAGAAUAAUAUGUAUCACAAGAAUAAAAUAUUGGUGCCUUUUUCCUUUAUUGUGCACGGCUUACAUUAAUAAAAGCCUGCAUUUUAAUCAACGAAUAUCAUAGUUUUAGUAUUUUUGUUCCUUUCUAAUAUUAUCGAGCGAUAAACGGGGAAAAGCACAAAUUAUUGUACAUAGUCGUUUUGUAGCGUGUUGUUUUGUGUGUAGCAGACUUACGCUAUAUUAGGUGUCUACAAUCGUCGUACGUUGCAGUUAGAAGACUUGAAUGUGGUGAGUGUAGAUCUAACAAAAGUUGAUAUUAUUUUUACUAAUGCCAGAGUCUUGUAUUUGUAUAUAUCGCGCGAGUUGGAGUUACCUGCAGGAUAUAGACACAAUAUAGAGUGAUACAAAUGUAUAAAACAGAGAAUAAACACUAUAACUAUC